AGGACAACUGUGUCGUAUUAUCGUGAUGAGGAGUUAAGGAGCUUCUGAAUUUUGGUUUCAUGUCGGGUCGGUCAAGCGUAACGGACGAUGGCAAAGACAUCUCAUGUGCUUUCUCUCGUCGACAUACUCUUUACCAUCAACUUGGUUAUAGGGAUAGAGCUCAUGUUUGUGCCUGAUCCUCCAACCUUAAACAUCACUGAGAAGACUCUCAAAAUCAAUGCUUCAGAUACACUGGAGAUCACGUGCAGGGGGCGUCAAAUCCUGGAAUGGUCUACGCCUCACAAAAACCGAACCCGUUCUGAAACCCGGCUCAUCAAAACAGACUGUAGUGGCAAUGGACUGUUCUGUAGCACUUUAACGCUCUCCAAAGCAGUAGCCAAUGAGACUGGAGAGUAUCGCUGCUUCUAUAAAAACCUGCCUAUAGAGGAUGGAAAGACUUCUACUUCUGUAUAUGUCUUCAUACAAGAUUACCGUACACCAUUUGUACGAAUGGCUCAAGAUUAUGAUGUGGUGUUCAUUCGGGAGGGAGAACAGGUGGUCAUUCCCUGUCUGGUAUCUGUGGAGAACCUAAACGUCACACUGUACACAAAGUAUCCAGUAAAAGAACUGGCCACUGAUGGGAAAGACGUCAUCUGGGAUAGCAAGAGGGGUUUCGUCCUGCCUAGUCAUGUGGUCAGCUAUGCUGGGGUGGUCUACUGCCAAACCACUAUUCGAAAUGAGACCUAUCAGUCCUCACCUUACAUUGUGGCUGUCGUAGGAUACAAGAUCCAUGACCUCACCCUGAGUCCACCUCAUGAGAGGCUAACGGUAGGGGAGAGGCUAAUGCUAAACUGCACCGCUCACACCGAACUCAAUGUGGGAAUUGACUUUCAAUGGAUUUUUCCUCAUGAGAAGAGAGGCGUCAACAGCUCAAUACCAAGGUCACGCUAUGAGACCAGCUCAUACAAGAAGAAGCUGUGGAACUCCUUAGAACUGUCCAAUACUCUCAUUGUAAAGAAUGUGACCGUAAAUGACACAGGAGAGUACAUCUGCACAGCCUCUAGUGGUCAGAUGCAGAAAAUUGCCCGAGCAGUCCUCAUCGUCUAUGGUAUGUGCUUUUUUUGAUCAUUUAUAGCGCUCAAUGAUCAGAUGUUGCAGACUGUGGAGGCAACUGCUGGCCAGGAAGAGGCAAAAAUCCUGGUUAAAUAUUAUGCUUAUCCAGAGCCCUCCGUCAAGUGGUAUAAGAAUGAUCAGCUGAUAGUGGCGAAGGAUGAGUACAGGAUAAAGCCCAGCAGAGGAUCUCUCACAAUAUAUGGUGUUACAGAGAAGGAUGCUGGGAAUUACACUGUUGUCAUGACAAAUAAGAUUACCAAGGAGGAGCAGAGAAGAACAUUUCAACUAUUGGUUAAUGUUCACCCUAAGAUCUUUGAGAAGGAAGUUCCGUUGGAUAGAGAUGUUCAUAUGUAUGGCAGUAGCCCUACACUCAGAUGCACAGCUAGAGGAGGAUCCAGCCCUGUCACAAUACAAUGGCAGUGGAUGCCGAGAGAGGACUGCCCACUCCGAUUUCUACCUAAGUCAGACCAAAGUGUGGUGAAGUGUGACAAGUGGAGGGAGAUAUCAAACAACACAGGGAAGAAUUCCAUCAUCACCCCGACAUCUGUAACUGAACGCUCUCUUAAGACCAUCAGCACACUGAAGAUCCAGAAAGCAGUUGAUCAUGCCCUCUACAGGUGCAUUGCCUCCAAUAAGAUGGGAGCAGAAGAGCGAGUCAUUGUGUUUCAAGUAGCUCGUUUCCUCAACCUAAGCAUCCUUCCCUCCAGCAGCCCUAUUGAGGGAGAGGAUGUGAUAAUGCGCUGUGUAGCCGAUCGACUGUUGUACUCUAACAUGCAUUGGUAUCGGGUAACAAGCGCAGCCAACCCUGAUGCCUCUCCAGCAGCCGUGCCCUGUGAUACCCUUACCCUUUCACCUCUCCACCAGACCAAUGUCACCAUAUCAGGCCUGCAGGGCACCAAUGCAACGCUGGACCUGCCCAUACCCAAUGCCACAUUGAUGGACCAAGGCUUGUAUGCUUGCCAAGUAGAGAAUGUGGGCACCAGUGAGAGAACCUGCUUACUUCACAACCUCAGACUCAGAGCUCUUGAGAUGUCAAGAAUUGUGACCAAUCUGACUGCCCAGAGAGUAAAUGUGAGUGACUCUACCACUCUAGUGUGUGAAGUGUCCGGCACACCAACACCUAAUGUAGUUUGGACUAAAGACAACCAGACUGUCACAGAGGGAUCAGGUGUGAUUCUGAAACAGUCAAAUCGUGUCUUAACCAUCCAACGGGUGAAAAAAGAGGACAGUGGUCUUUACAUGUGUACGGCCUGUAACCAGCAGGGCUGUGACUCUCUCGAGGCUCGUAUCACUGUAGAUGGUGCAGAAGAAAAGAUGAAUGUGGAAUUGAUCAUGCCUAUCGGUGCCGUGGUCAUUGCCAUGUUCCUCUGGCUCCUCAUCGUCUUCGUUAUCCGUAACAGGAAGCGGCCUAAUGAAGGAGAUCUGAAAACUGGCUACCUGUCAAUCAUUCUGGACUUAGAUGAUAUGCCAAUGGAUGAGCACUGUGAGAGACUGACCUAUGAUGCAAACAAGUGGGAAUUCCCACGUGAUAGACUGAAGCUAGGAGAGCCGCUGGGCAGAGGGGCAUUUGGCCAAGUUGUGGAGGCGACCGCUUACGGUAUUGAGAAGGCCACCACCUGUACUACAGUAGCAGUGAAGAUGCUCAAGGAGGGCGCUACCACCAGUGAGUACCGUGCUCUGAUGUCUGAGCUGAAGAUCCUCAUUCACAUCGGUCACCAUCUCAAUGUGGUUAACCUUCUAGGAGCUUGCACCAAACAAGGAGGACCCUUGAUGGUGAUUGUUGAGUACUGUAAACAUGGUAACCUCUCGAGCUAUUUAAAAAGCAAGCGAGGAGAGUACAGUCCCUACAAGAAGCGAAUGCCACGGAUACCGUGCAGGAGGGAGGAACCACAGGAAGAGGAUUUGCAUGAGGGGGAUCUGGGUCUGGGAACCAGCACUCGGCUGGACAUCUGCACCGGCACCGCUGUGUGCACCAGGAUGGGAGAACAGACCUCCACGACCCAGCUGGAGGAUGAACAAGAGAGUUCAGACUGGGAUCACUUGACGAUGAAGGAUCUCAUCAGCUAUAGCUUCCAAGUGGCCAAAGGCAUGGAGUUCCUAGCCUCUCGAAAGUGUAUCCAUCGGGAUUUGGCAGCCAGAAACAUCCUACUUUCCGAAAACAACGUGGUGAAGAUAUGUGACUUUGGGCUGGCCAGAGAUGUUUAUAAAGAUCCUGAUUACGUCCGCAAAGGAGAUGCUCGUCUUCCUCUGAAGUGGAUGGCUCCUGAGACCAUCUUUGACCGUGUGUACACCACACAGAGUGAUGUUUGGUCAUUUGGUGUGCUGCUCUGGGAGAUCUUCUCACUUGGUGCGUCUCCAUACCCAGGUGUGUGCAUUGAUGAGUCUUUCUGCAGGCGACUAAAGGAGGGAACCAGAAUGAGAGCUCCAGACUACGCCACACCUGAGAUAUACCAGACCAUGCUGGAUUGCUGGCUUGAUCGACCAAAAGACAGGCCAACCUUUACUCAGUUAGUUGAACAUCUGGGCAAUCUUCUACAAGCUAGCGCUCAACAGGAUGGAAAGGACUACAUCCCAUUGACAAACGGAGAGAUGGAAGAGGAAUCAGGGGCUCCUCACCUCAGUGUGAUAUCUAAAAGAGCGCUCUAUGCAGGCAACAAAGAAACCCAGCUCCACUAUGACAAUGCUCCACCUCUGGGGUUCCCACAGCAGAUAGACAGUUGUGGUGUGCCAAUAAGUAGGACAAUUUUUGUGGACAUUCCUCUGGAGCACACUGCUAUGAUGAACGGUCACAUGGACUGUGGAGUGGGCUUAUCACAUGAGCAAAUGAAAGCUUUGGAUCAAGUGCAGAGACCACUUCAUUUCAGCCCACUACUGCGAUGCAAGAGUAAGGAGUCUUUAGCUUCUGAAUCGUCCAAUCAGACCAGCGGCUAUCAGUCCGGCUACCACUCUGAUGAUGCAGAAGCCCCCAUAUACGCCAACGAGGAGAUGAUCCUGAAGAGAGACAUUCGGAUGAAACCUCCACUGCCCAAGAGAAAUGACAAGUUUAGCGCAGAGGUCCGUUAUAGUGUGCCCCCAGUGUAACAUCUAUAGCGCUUCAAACAGUCUUCCUCUUUGUGUUAUUCACAACUUUAAUGUAGUAGCUCAGCCAAAAAUGAGCAUUUCAGUUUCAUAAUUUACUGAUAUUUUCUUUCUACUUCUGAACAUAAAAGAAGAUACUUUGAAGAAUGUUAACCAAACAGUUGACUGUAGCCAUUGACUUCCAUAGUAUGGAAGAAAAAAAAUACUACUGUGGAAGUGGCUACCAGCAACUAUUUGGUCACCAGCAUUCUUCAAAAUAUCCUCAUUUGUGUUCAGCCGAAGAUAGAAAUUAAUACAAAUUGAGGGUGAGUAAAUGACGACAGAUUUUUCAUUUUUUUGCUGAACUAUCCCUUCAAUGUAAUAGUUUGGCCAAAAAUUUAAAUUUGGACAUAAUUUCCUUAUUUCUUUUUAAAUCCUGUAUGAUUUUAUUUAUUGUCUGCAACACAAAAUGAGUUAUUUAUAACAGAAUGUCCAAGCUGCUCUUUUCCGUACAAUGAAAGUGAACUACAACAAGAUUUCAUUAAAUGCAUAAUACCUUAAAUUUUACCUUGUUUUUCACAUAAAUUAGAAUAUUUAUAAUACGAGACAUAUGAGCUACUUUAUUGAUGCUUUUACAAUGUUUUUGUACAUUUUGGAGCUUGUCAGCCCUUGGUCACCAUUCACUUUCAUUGCCUGGUAGAAUGCAGCCUGUUUUGUUACUUAGAAAGUCAUACAGGUUUAGAACAACAUGAAUGUGCAUAAAUGAUGACUACUUUUCAUCUUUUGCAAACAUUUCUUUCAUGCUCAUGCGACAGACCAGCCAGAAGGCAAUUUCCUAUCUAAAAUGAGUAGCAAACUUUUCAUCCCAUAUUAGGUUUUUCCUGCCAUUACUCAUAAUGACUCCUGUAUCCCAACCACAUGACUGCAUCAUCCAAAAACAACAAACUCUUAAAUUGGCUGUCGAGCUUCGAUUCCGGGUGCACCAUUAUCGCUUCUUUCGUGAUUGUAUGCAUAAAGGAAACACUAACUCAUUUGAACUGUCAACUAUUUCUUUUUUCACACUCACUUUUUGAAAUAAAUGUAAUAUAUUGUUUUAUAACAGACUGUUUUGGAGCAGAUAAGAUGUAUGUUUUAGUUUUAUUCAUCUAAAUGUCAGGGGGGGUUGGAGAUUGAGAAAGCCUUAGCAAUACAAUCAUGUUUACACAGACUGCGGAGCAAGAGUGGUCUCUCAGUGUGUCCACGCCACUUCCUGAGCAAAUGCAUGCCCUCUUCCUACCACACAGGAAAUAGCAACUGGAAUGGCAGACAAUUGAGUGUGUGAAUGUUUUCCUCUUUUUUUUCUUCAUCUUUUGCAUUGUCUUUAAACGAUUCGUGACCAGACUUGUUCUCCCCCAAGCAACAAACAGUCUGUCUGAAUUUUGUUUUCGAAGCCUUUUGAUUGUACAGUUUAUAAUGAGGGCCUCCUUUGUCUUUGUAAAAAAAAAUGUCAGUAUUUUGCCAUUAUGAUUAUAUUAUUUAGUUAUACAUCCAUUAAUGUGAUUAGUUUUUUACAAUAAACACUCGUGCCAGUUAAAAACAA